CCGCCUCCCUCCUAUCUUUCAUCCAACUGCCCCUCUCUCUCUCUCUCUCUCUCUCUCUCUCUCUCUCUCGUCCACUGUCAACUCUUGCUGUGAUCUCCGGACGAAUAUAGAGAGGGCGAGAUGCUGCUAUCCAUGGAGUCUCUCGUCGGCCUCCCUUCUUCCGCCCUCGGAGUGAAACCCUUCAUCCCCCUCCUCCGGAAUCGCAGCAGCCCCCUCCUCUUUCGACGACGCCGGCGGUUCCUCGACUUGGGCGCCGCCUCCACUAGCCCAGCCUCCGCCGUGGCGCGGAACGGGUCCUUGGCGACCAAUUCCUCGUCGCAAAGCAAUUGUGUUUACACAGUUGGUGAUUUUAUGACCAAAAGGGAAAAUCUUCAUGUUGUGAAGCCUACCACUUCAGUUGAUGAAGCACUGGAGAUGUUAGUGGAACAUAGGAUCACUGGCUUUCCUGUGAUUGAUGAUGACUGGAACUUGGUUGGUGUAGUUUCAGACUAUGAUUUGUUAGCACUAGACUCCAUUUCAGGUAGUGGACGGGCUGACACUAGCAUGUUUCCUGAGGUUGAUAGUACAUGGAAAGCAUUCAAUGAAAUCCAGAAGCUGUUAAGUAAAACGAAUGGUAGAACCAUUGGUGAGGUGAUGACUCCUGCCCCCCUUGUGGUCCGUGAAACAACCAAUCUUGAAGAUGUUGCAAGGCAACUGCUUGAAACAAAAUACCGUAGGCUUCCGGUUGUUGACAGUGAUGGUAAAUUGGUCGGUAUUAUCACGAGGGGAAAUGUAGUUAGAGCAGCACUCCAAAUAAAGCAUGAAAUGGAGAGAAAAUCAUGAUUCUAAGAUGGAAAUCAAGUAAGUUGCAGUUAUUAUUGACAAGAUCAGGUAGCUGCUGAUCACUUGGCACACGCCAUCUUGCACUAAACUAGUUUAAAGGCCCACGCAUUUUUGGGACUUGUGUAUAUGGUUUAAUGUGUUUGUUAAACUCCAUCGUUUUUCUUUUGGGUCCGAGAUGCUUGAACAUGCAUGCUCUUUGAUGUCUAAAUAUAAAGUGAAGCCUUUGUUUUCACAUGA